AUGACAAGAGGGAGGCACGUGGUGAUGUCUUGUUGUUGCUGGUGCUGCGACGGGCUUGGCGGUGCCAGUUCUUCAAGUGCUGGUACUGGAGGUGUUGUUACCGGUGCAUCUGGAGGCAGUGUUGUUGUUGGCACCGACGCUAAUAACGCGGGCGGCGGCGGUCUUGGUAUCACUUCCGGUCUUUCUGCUAUGCUAUCGUUGGUGGUCGUUACCGUUGCCAUCAGCACGGGGGAGUGGCUUCUCACGGAAGAGAAACUGCCGAAAACCUCUUCGAACACUUCCGUCGAACCUGACAGCAAAGUCACCUACAGUGGCCUCUGGAGAGUCUGCGUUGCCAUAAGCUCCCGCAUGGAAUACGAGUGCUCAGGCAUUGACUAUUUUCCAAACGAGGAGUACAGUCCGGAUCCCAGCGACUCAACGAUGGCAAUACCAUAUGCAGUUACCAAGUCGGCGAUGUUCUUCUUCGCUGCAACAUCGCUGCUAGUGGUAGCCGAAGUUUGUUACUUCACUGCUCACGUUACUCACCCGAGACACAGACUCUGCGUCUUUGUCGCCGGAGUGGUCUUCAUAGUUUCCGGUUUAUUAAUGCUGGUGGGAAUGGUGAUGUACAUAUCUGUAUUCAAAGCUGAAGUUGGUAGUAAACUUAGGCCAAGAUCGUCGUUCGAGGGACCACCCUUCACCUACAGGUACGGAUUCUCAUUUCUGCUGUACGUGAGUGGCUUCAUCACGACCGAGGUCGCUGGCACUUACGCCAUUUUCUUGUAUAUUUCUUGGCACCAGAGAGAACUGGUACGAAGAGAUUCCAGGCGAAAAAAUUACGGGGGCGUGUAUCACUUAGACAAUCACCACGUGCACCACGCGAAUCAUGCGAACAUCGGCCACAGUGGUUUUCUUUGCGAAAGGCAUCAAAAGAGAUAUUUCUUCGGCAGGGAUUCGGUAGACCACGUCGACUUCGACGAGUUUCUCCCGCCCCCGCCGAAUUUGGAUUAUCAUGAUUAUUCCAGACAAUUUCCUAGGGACCUUACUACUCAAACGGUCAGUACGACGGCCGAUGUUUUACAGGAAGAGGAGGAAGAAUACAGUCCAGGUGUUCAACCUGAGUUCGUUACUUUCGACCUCGAUGAACCUUUGCCACCGCCGCCACCAAUUAGAGGUAGUGAAUGGUCUUUCGGUACGUUGAGGAAAACGACUCCUGUCUGAUAUACCGUCAGGUACGCGAGGCUGGUGCAAAGCGUUGAAAGCGAGGAGGAGGACGAAGCGGAAACCGAAGAGGACCAUGACAUAGCCGACGAUUAAACAAAUCGACUCGCUUUUUAAUGAGAUAGCUUGCAACGCGAUCGCAAAAAUGUCUCAUCGUCGGUACUCGCCGCGAGUCAGCGCAGAAGUCGAGGCACGUAAUGAAAGCAACGGAAAUCGGUCGAUGCGGUAUCGAAUCUCGAUUUAGGAAACAAUUUACCGCCGUUGCCGGAGUAACUGUUCCACGGAGAAAUAAUUCAGUUGCUAGGAGACCACGAGGUUACGAGUGAACGAAAAAACUGAGUUCAUGAACGAUUAAGUGCGAUGUGUUCAACGUUGCAACUCCAUCCGAGACGAUGUAUAAAUAUAUACAAUAUAUUAUCACGGAGAAUGCGAGAAACAUUUUACAAUCGAAAGUGGUGAUUUAUUAAAUACGAAACUCGCGAUCGUUCGAGCGACCGGCAACAUUUCGUCAAAGCACGCGUAUCGAAUAACUCGAGAAGGGUUCACGAACUCCGUUAGGCAUUAUUGACUUCGUUAAAAGGUUCGAUCAGCUAAUCGACUGCCAGCCUCGAUCCACGAACGCUCGUGUACCGGA